AUGGCUCCCUCAACAAAAGUACAAGCGCGGCCUGCCCCUGGCAAACAACUACUUCACGAUGCCUCCGAUUUUCCAGAUCAGUCGUCCAAUUCUUCGUCCGAGGGAUCAGGAUCUGAGUCCGACUCCCUCGACAGCGACUCUCUCGACAGCCAUGGCUCGCGAAAACGUAGGAAAGUCGCUCCAGCGAUCGAGAUGGAAGAAGAUGCCACCUUCAAAUCUGCUCUCUCUGUACCUUCGCGGUUCAAAUCCAAGAUUCAGGCUCCGACUCUGGUUCAAGAAGAUGUGACAGAGAAGCAUGCAGAGAAUGCAGGCAUUUCAGUCUCAGUCGAUCGCCAAACGAGCUUUGCCUCGCUGGACGUAAAACCCUGGCUUGUGGGCGCGUUGGAGAGAAUGGCCAUUAAUCGACCGACGGGCAUUCAGAAAGGCUGUAUCCCGGAGAUACUCAAGGGGAGGGAUUGUAUUGGAGGGAGCAGGACUGGAUCCGGAAAGACGGUGGCUUUUGCGGUGCCCAUUUUGCAGACGUGGGCGGAGGACCCAUUUGGGAUAUUUGCUGUCGUUUUGACACCGACUAGGGAGCUUGCGCUGCAAAUCUACGAGCAGAUCAAAGCCAUCUCCUCGCCUCAGCAACUAAAAGCCGUACUCAUCACAGGAGGCUCAGACAUGCGACCACAAGCCACUGCACUCGCCCAACGCCCACACAUCGUAAUCGCUACUCCCGGCCGACUGGCAGACCAUAUAAGAACUUCGGGCGAAGAUACCAUCUGCGGGCUUCGCCGUGUACGCAUGGUCGUCCUCGAUGAAGCCGAUAGGUUACUUGCCAGUGGGAGCGUGGGCAGCAUGCUUCCAGAUGUCGAAGAAUGCUUCUCCAUCCUACCUUCACCUGCGAAGCGACAAACCCUCCUCUUCACAGCUACCAUUACCCCGGAAGUGCGCGCGCUCAAGGAUAUGCCUCGGACGCCUGGGAAACCACCUGUGUUUGUCUGUGAAGUCGACACGCAGAAACUCGCUAUUCCGGCGCAGCUACGUCAAAUGCAUCUCCAAGUUCCAGUCACACACCGCGAACACUACCUCCACAUGUUCCUGCUCACAGAUGUCAACCUGCAGAAAUCGGUCAUUAUAUUUUGCAACCGAACGGCUACGGCCGACUACCUGACCCACCUGCUACGGCUGCUGGAGCACAGAGUAACAGCCUUGCACUCCAAACUUCCCCAGCGCCAACGAAUCGAUAACCUCGGCCGUUUCCGCGCCUCGGCCGCCCGCAUCCUGGUCGCAACAGACGUCGCAGCGCGUGGUCUCGACAUCCCAGAAGUCGGCCUCGUCAUCAACUAUGACAUCCCCCGCGACCCCGACGAUUACAUCCACCGCGUCGGCCGUACCGCUCGUGCGGGCCGAAAAGGAGACGCGGUAACAUUCGUAGGGCAGAGGGACGUGCAGCUCGUACAGGCCAUCGAGGGUAGAGUGGGCAGGGAACUGGAGAGAUGGGAGGAGGAGGGCGUGAAUCUUGAGACGCGGGUUGUCAGGGAAGCGCUGAAGCUGGUGGGUGAGAAGAAGAGGGAGGCCAUGCUGGAGAUUGAGGAGGGCAGAGAGCCGCAUCAGCAGCAAGUCCUCGUCGUACCGCUCGCAAAAGGCCACGGCGCGGGACUUGAGCUUGCUGGAGAAGUUGGGUAUUGGAACUGCCCUUGUCGCGACUCCUACGUCAAUCCCCCAACAGACGAUGCCUACAGGGCCAUCUGCAAAAAGCGUGGCCAGCAACCCUCCUCCGAGGUCCUAUCCGACGGUACGCUUGCGCACUGGAUUGGCAAGCCCCACGCUUCCAAUCUGCUCAUCAACUUCCACGGCGGCGGGUUUGUGAUGCCAGCGAGCGAAUGCAUGGUGGAUUUCAUGUUCCAGGUCGUCGGUGUGCUGGAGCGGGAGGGGAAAGAUGCGAGUUGUUUGUUCUUGAGCUACGAUCUAGCACCCGGUGCCAUCUACCCUCGCCAGCUGCAGCAGGCCGCUUCCCUACUAAACCACGUCCUACACACGCUGCACUACGCUCCCUCCUCGAUCGUCAUCUCCGGUGACUCAGCGGGCGCCAACCUCUGCGUGGCCCUCCUCUCGCACAUCUCGCACCCGCACCCCUCUGCCUCCCUCCCCAUCCCGGCAGUCACCCUCCCCGAGAAGCAAAAGUUCAAGGGCAUCGUGCUCAUCAGCCCCUGGAUCUCCUUCGACACAGCCGCCCGGUCCUACGUCGAGAACGCGUGGAAGGACUGCGUGUCCAUCCCCUCCGGCACGUCCUGGUCCAGCGCCUUCAUGGGCUCCCCAUGGCCCCACCACGAUGGCAAGGAUAGCUACAACGAGGCGCUAUCCGCGCAGCCGGAGUGGUGGACCGGGCUGCCGGUCAGCAAGAUGCUGAUCCUGGGUGGAAGGGAAGAGGUCUUGCGUGACAGCAUCAUCGACUUUGCGGCGAAGGUCCGCGCGGGAACUGAGGGCGCGGGUGACGACGCCAUGGGCCUCGAGUUUCACGUGCUGGCUGGCGAGUAUCACGACCAGCCGAACCUUGAUCUGCAGAUAGGGUAUAAGGAGAAGGACGAGGGGGUAAUGGCGAAGAUGGUGAAGAGUUGGAUCGCUAGUAACUUUUAA